CUUGACAGAUGCCGGCACCUUUCCUAUGGCUGAUGUACGAUGCCAAUCGUUGCAGGGAGCAGUUCGGUUUGCCAAACAAGGAGAUCUUCUGGGCAUCGUUGCUGCCAGCGAACCUAUCCUCGAAGCACCCCUGAUGGUCAAUGUUGUCAAGGAGACUGGUCUGUUGUUGUUUACAUACGGAGUUCUUAACAAUGAAGUUCAGAAUGCAGUUGCUCAAAAAUAUUAUGGAGUAGAUGCAGUAAUUGUGGAUUCUGUACUAGCUGUACGUAAGGGGCUUAGAGAAGGACAAAUCGGUGGUGAUGGAUCACCUUGAUAAUAUAGAUAUAUAGUUAUGCGUUUAUACAGAGCAUAUACACACACCCUAUAUGCAUAUAUAUAUAUAUAUCAAUUGCUUUAAAUUAUAGAUGAUAGCUAGAUCAGGUCUUGUGUUUAAAAUAGAAUAUUUCUUUUAUAAAUCAAUGAUAUAAAAAACAAAGGCCAUACACUUAUAUGCACUUUAAUAUAUAUAUAUAUCUUAUGGUUCACAGUU